ACCAGCUCUCUAUAAAAUCAUCACUUAUUAGUUGUUAGUGAGCAUUUGAAAACAAUUUCUCGCCGCAAUGCUUUUCUUGUUCAUAAACUUCCCCUGUGAGUAUUCUCUCUGAUGAAUGGUGGUGGAUGACGAUUGGGUUGCAGGGCAGUUUGCAUUUGCUAGCCUUUCUCACUUUAUGGCGUAGAAAUUGCUUCCAUUUUUCUCUGCUUAAAUUAGUGCAGGGCCAUCGUGUGGUUAGUAAAGUCAAGAUCUUUCUGUCAAUUUCUGUUUGGUUGCUGAGAAAAUAUAGGGGGAAAAGAGAAAUCAGUCUGAACUAGAGCUCGUCACCAUCACCAUAGCCAUCGGAUCUGCUCUUUGAAACGAGGCAGAAGUUGACGCGUUGAAGGUUCAAAAGCUUUGGGCGUUGUUUGACAGAUGGUGCCACUGAAAGACAUAGUGCCAGCAGCACAGAACAACAUAAACACAAGGUUCAUACUUUUGGACAAAGGCAUCGUCAAGACUACAACUACUACUUCAUCACAAGCCCAAAACAAGACGUGCUUGGCGCUGGUGGCGGACGAGACUGCGGCAGUUCACUUCCAGCUGUGGGGGAACGAGUGCGAUGCCUUCGAGACCGGUGACAUCGUGGAGUUGAGCAAUGGCAUAUUCUCUUACUGCAGGAACAACCUUUUGCUCAGGGCUGGCAAGAGAGGCAAAAUUGAGAAGGUUGGGGAAUUUAUGAUGGCGUACGUUGAGACCCCAAAUUUGAGUGAGAUUCGUUGGGUUCCUGACCCAAACAAUCCCAAGAAGUACAUUCAGGAGGCUGUGAUUUCCCCACAUUCUCGUAUAUUUCCACCCAAAUACUGAUCCAUGAAGAUGAAGUUGGCGCGAGCGUAGUCACAUUGAUUCCCUUCGGGUUCACUUGUAUUAACGAAAAAAGUAUAGAGUUAUCGUUUUGAUGUGCUGAUGUGAAACUGCUGAAAAUAUUAGAACUCGUUGUCCUUCUCUAACAGAAACAAUAUUAAUCUGCACCAUCUGAAAUGGAGUUUCUUGA